AUGAAUUUUGCAAAAUUCAAGAUCCCUUUGCGGAAUGCUGAUCAAGCCAUCCAUGCUAUGCGUAAUAGGAAAGGUAGAACUAAAAGGAAACCUUGCAUUAAGUUGGAGCCAUUGGAUCACAAAUACAUGUAUGUGAAUUCGUGUAAUGGCUUGCUUUUCUUGGCUGAAACAUUCUACAACGACCCUCUUGUUGUGUGCAAUCCAAUAACGGGUGAAUUUAUACAACUUCCUGAAGCUUCCAAGGAUGAGAGUCGAGAGAGAUUAUCUAUACGCUGUGCAUUAGGUUACAGUCCGAAGACUAACCAAUAUAAGGUGUUGAGAGUCUUUAGUCAAGGAACACCCAAUCUAGUUCGGAUGGUUGAGUUGUACACACUUGGGCAGAGUUCAUGGAAAUCUCUUGGUACUGCUCCCACGUCAGCAGCAUAUAUGCUAUUGACAUUGCCUACCUAUCUGAAUGGAGAGCUUUAUUGGUUUUACUAUGAGAGUUCAUAUGAGAUAGCGUCUUUUGACUUUGACAAUGAGCAAUUUCACUCAGUUCCAACACCUCCUUUUGAACUGGAGGAAUGUCAGCAUGUGAGCUUGGGACUUUUGGGAGGUUCUCUUUGUGUAUGCUAUGCUCAUGAGAAUUGUAUCAAUGUGUGGGUAAUGGAAGAUUACAGUACACAAAAAUCUUGGACCAAUAGAUUUUCUAUUAAGACUGAUGAUGGUGUGUGGUGGCCAAAAGGUUUAUAUGAACCAAUGAGAUACUUAAAGAAUGGGGGUUUGUUGAUGUUUAACCAUUCUACUGUCACUUUGAUUUACUAUCACCCAGGAAACUACAGAUCGUUAAUUUAUCUUAAGCUUCGUGGGUUUAGUCCAUAUUUUGAAGCAAUUAGUCAUGUUCCAAGCUUCAUUUCUCUCAAGGACAUUUUGAUGGGCAAUGAUGUAGAAGUACUGAAUAUAAAUUCAAGGUGUGCAGAGUGCAAGCUUCCCGGCGAGACUAGAGGUCUUGAUUUGGUGAAUUUGGAUGCAGACGUGGCAUCAGAUGAUCGUUCUUUCAAGGAAUUUAGAAUGAAACAGGGAUUCUACCGGUGGCAAUAA